AGUAUAGAUCGACUUUAGGGCACUUAAAGUUUACUACGUAGUUUUUUGAAACACAGCCGGCGUCCAUGCAAUAAAAAGGUCAACAACGCCGGUGACUAGAGGCGACACUGUGCGGGAUCAGAAAAUGUCCUGAUUUUCUGUUUUAUUUUAUAGAUUUUUCAGUCAUGAAUAAGCUGAUGAACGGUGUUUGUCUUGGUCACGGCGUGUUAUUCAGAGUAACAGCCGGGUUUAUUGUUCCUCACAGAAACAUCACUCACCUUAACCUUACCUCAGGAAACAAAGUUUAUUCCCAUGUGAGAAACGUGUCCGGGGGACCUGCGGGUGCCAUGAACGUGUUUGACAGAAAUAUGAAGAGAAAGCAAAAGAAAUGGGCAGCGAUUUUACCGGAUAGUGAUAAAUAUGACUACCUGCGAGACGAGGUUGGUAGCAGGGUAGCAGACAGAAUUUAUGACAUUGCCAGGAGUUUCCCUUUGGCGCUAGAUUUGGGGUGCGGAAAAAGCCACAUCGCCGAACAUCUCAGCAAGGACAUUGUAGAGCGCCUUUUCCUUACAGACAUCUCAGAUGAUUCAUUAAGGCAGAAGAGGCAGAGUGAGAUGCCUACACACUGUGUGCUGGCCGAUGAAGAGUUCCUGCCAUUUCAAGAGAACACGUUUGAUCUGGUGGUCAGCAGCCUGAGUUUGCACUGGAUCAAUGAUCUUCCAGGAGCUUUGCAUCAGAUCCAUCAAGUGCUGAAACCAGACGGUGUGUUUGUAGGCGCGAUGGUUGGAGGUGAAACGCUGUAUGAGUUGCGCUGUUCCCUGCAGCUAGCUGAGCUGGAGAGGGAGGGAGGAUUUUCACCCCACAUUUCGCCCUACACAGCCGUCACCGACCUGGGCAACCUGCUGGGCCAAGCUGGCUUCAACCUGCUAACUGUGGACGUGGAUGAGAUUCAGGUUCAUUACCCAGGCAUGUUUGAAAUCUUAUGUGAUUUACAAGGAAUGGGAGAGAGUAAUUGCGCAUGGAACAGGAAGGCACUGUUGCACAGAGACACCAUCCUGGCAGCGGCUGCUGUUUAUAAAGAGAUGUACGGGAACGAAGAUGGAUCUGUGCCAGCCACGUUUGACAUCCUGUUUAUGAUUGGCUGGAAGCCUCAUGAGUCACAGGCAAAACCAGUGAAAAGAGGUUCGGCAACGAGAUCCUUCGGAGAUUUGUCAAAAAUCAGCCGAACUCCGACAGCCAACAAAACAGACAAAUCCAGCACUAGCGUUAGCUGACUCAAACCAGCUCAUCAACAUGAAUAUAGAAAGAGUGUUGCUUAAUAAUGAUAUGUACAUAAAAACUAUUGUACUGUAUGUAAAAUGGAGAAUGAAUGACCAGUCAUAUAGGAUUUUUUUUUAUUUAAUGUUUUGAACAGAUCAGAAUUUCCUCAAUGCUAAAAUAAAAUGUUUUGCUAAA